CUGCGUCAUGGUUGCCGGUAGUGACUGACUGGUUGACGAUGUGGGCGUAAUUUCAACAUGGUGUUGCCUGUUGAUUGUAUUGGGUUAUGGUUUUUCUCCUGCAUAUAAUUAUACAGUAGACGUAAGAUUUUUGAUCGUUCAGAGAAAUGCCAAAUUAUGAAGCGGCUUUGGUGCUCAGGAUCAUGUCACGUCCCGAUCUUUUAUCUACUUUACGACGCUCGGCUGAUGCCAUAUUUAAUAAGGGUGGUAUUAUUCGAAAGGUAGAGAACCUUGGCACACGAAACCUGCCUUACAAGAUGUCUGCCCAUGAUGCAGUGCACAAGAAAGGAAGUUACUUUGUUUUUCAAUUUAUUUGCCCACCAGCAUCUCUCCAUGACUUGGAGGAGGAAUAUGGUCGAGAUGUGGAUAUUAUCAGGCGAAGGAUCUUCAAAGUGGAGGCACCAGAAGAAUUUGAGUGCACCUUGCAUGAAGAAAUACUGCCACCAGCCUACAGGAAGGAUGUCCAGAAGAUGAUAGAAGAAAGCAAGAAAGUGGAUAAACAUAAAUUUCAAUAUAAUUCAGGAUUAGAUUACUACCCAUUUCAGAAAUAAUUUGUUGCAUGUCCUAAGAGCUGUGAAAGCAUGUGAUACUCUGGUUGCAUAUUACUUUUGAGCUGUAUUAAAGUGUGGAAAACAUAUAGGCACACAGCUGUAAUUAUUACAGAUUACAGUGUAAGAACAUACCAGUU